UUAUUUGAUCAACAGAGGGCGCCGCUAUCGGCCUUUUUGCUGAUUGCUCAGAGCUAAAGAUGGCUGACACUGCACAAGUUGAGGUCAAGAAGAAGCGUACCUUCAGGAAGUACACCUACCGUGGUGUGGACCUGGAACAGCUGCUGGACAUGACCAAUGAGCAGCUGAUGGAGCUCCUUGGCUGCCGCGCCCGCCGCAAGUUCAACCGGGGCCUGAAACGCAAGCCCCUGGCCCUCCUCAAGAAGUUGCGCAAGGCCAAGAAGGAGGCACCGCCCAUGGAGAAGCCGGAAGUGGUCAAGACCCACUUGAGGAACAUGAUCAUCGUACCCGAGAUGGUGGGGAGCAUCGUCGGGGUGUACCAGGGCAAGACCUUCAACCAAGUGGAGAUCAAGCCGGACAUGAUCGGCCACUACCUGGGGGAGUUCAGCAUCACCUACAAACCAGUCAAGCACGGCAGACCGGGUAUCGGUGCCACCCACUCGUCCAGAUUCAUCCCCCUCAAGUAGGCUUUGAGAUGAGGAAACAGGGGCACUUGGGCUUACGGACAUUUGUAACUAGUAAUGAUGAUGGCGACGUGUGACACACAGGAAGAUGAGGACAGAAAAAGAGAAAUAAAACAGGUCUGAAGGGCCUUAUUACUCAAGGGA